AUGAAACAAAUUGUUACGUUAUUGUAUACAUAUAUAUUUUAUUCAUGUAAGUAGGUUCAAGUUCCGUCCAAAUUUUUCAAAUAUUAUAUUUGCAGUUAUAUUAUUAUCAUGUUCUAAAACUCCAAAAAAGACAAGAACAUUGCGAAUGCAACCAUCAACAAUAGAAAGGAGGGGAAAACCAGCAGGAGGAAAUCAGCAAGCAUCGCAGAAUCCGGAAAAAGAAAAAUCAAAAAUUAAAACGGAUAAAUUACCAAAUGGACCAGAUUCUAAAUCUCGGUAAGAAUUCAAUAUAUCUUUCUUAUAUGCAUGGUAAUUCGAAAUUUCAGAAAAACUGCUGAAAGUAAUGGUCGAACACCAGCUCGACUAGGAUAUAACAAAAGUUUGAUUGCAAUUCAAGAAAAAGCGUUAGCUGAUAUAUUUGAAAAUGGAUCAAAUCACGAAAAACAAGGAUCACGAAGUGCAAAAACGCCGGAUGUUCCGCAAAAAAGUAUCGAACUUGGAAAAACACAAAAAUCUACUGAUUGA